AGCUAUACACCAAAACCAGGUACUGGCAUGACGUGACCCCACCUUUCCAGGCACCAUACCUCGUUUCCGUCCAUACCGAUCUCCAUACAAUAUCGUAUUGCAGUCAGACGUCAGAAUGAACUUCAAGCACCAUUCAACACCGAAGAAGUCUCGGGUCGAAGGCAUUAUCAAUUCUCUCCGCCAACAAGGAUUACUUGGAGCCAACCAGCUCCUUACAAAGGAGGAAGUCUUCCGUGUCCACGGAGAAGGAAUUCUAGCCGCUCCCGGUCUCGACAUCGAGGUGUCCGGCCGUACCGUUCGCCGAGCCCUCCGCGAGGUGAACUUCCGCCGCUACAUUGCUUAUGAUAAGGAGUAUCGCCCAAAGCAAAUAGCCGCAUUAUAUUGCAAGAGUAUCCAGAGGCAAAAGACUGGCACUCUGUUAGGUUCUCUGACGAGUGUCACUUUGGCUGGGGACCUCAGGGCAAGAUAUAGCUUCUCCAACGGCCGUGGGAGCGGUAAUGCCCUGACUGUUUGGUGGAAAGAGCGAGCCGGCGGAAAGGAUAUGAAGAGGCUCCAUUGUUGGGCAGCUGUUGGGUACGAGUUCAAGAGUGAUCUCGCUUGGUAUGAUGUCCCCAGCAAUUCCAAUGGCAAAAUGACGAUGAAGGUCUAUCGGGAUCAGAUUAUGGAACCUGUUGUAGGCUCCUGGCUCCGGGCUUGGCGUUCAUUUGUGUUGGAGGAGGAUAACGACUCUGAGCAUGGAGGUGCAAAGGGCUGCACAACAUCCCCCGACUUCGCGCCUAUCGAAAAGGCCUGGCAGGGACCAAAGCAAUGGGUCAACCAGAUAUCCCAGAUCUUGAAGGAUUAUAUCGAAUCAGAAGGAGGACUUACCGGCAAUUGA